UGCAAUUACUCACUAAAACCCCAAAAUCCAAAAUCCCAAGUAAAUCUAAACAAUUCCCAUACCUCUUCUCCUUACUUCUAGAGUUUAUAAAGCAAUUCUUCACUUUGAAAAGACAGGAAACAGUUAAAAAAGAAAGAUUUGUCUCUCUUGAACUUUAGUGUAGAUUACUACUCCCUUGGAACAUGUCUAAUUAUACUGUCUUGUCUCAGUUAAUUAAAGACGGACGUAAUUGCUUUCCAAAAAGAACUGAUUGGAAUUCUUGGUUUUUAGAGGUAACAACCAAAUAUCACACUUGAGUCUCUAUUUAUCUCUUCCCUUUCAUUACCACCCCCAAAAGUAGACCAAAGGCAAAACAAAGAGCCCCCACCACUUGUUCUUUAUAGUAUUGUACCCUCCAUCUUCCCUAUCAUAAAGUCUCAGAAUUCACAAUUACCGCUUCCAAGAAUUUGAUGAAGAAGGCUGCAGGGAAGAGAAAAUAUUCUUAUCAUUCAAUUUACACUUGAAUUGGCUUAGUCCAGUGCAAAUUUCUAGUAGUUAUUUUGCAUAACUAGCCCCAUCAUAGUAUAUCCAAAAUUUCUGCCAAGAAUUGGGUUAUAUUCUGCAAUUUCCUGCUACAAAUCAAAUCCAAGAUUAGGAAUUCGAAGGCCAAGUUUGUAAAUUAUGGAGGUUUAUCAUCGUCCAUACCGGCUACUACUCGAUCCCCGUCCUGUUGUCCCACCUAGCACUACUAUAACCAAACCACACCAUGGUUACUCCAACGAAGCAAAUUUCGACACUAAUAUGGUGAUCAUUUUAGCAGCUUUGCUUUGUGCAUUAAUAUGUGCUCUUGGUUUAAAUUCAAUUGUGAAAUUAGCUUUGCGUUGUAGCCGGAGAUUUGCUUUCGAGUCGGAAAAUGCAACAGUUGCGCGCUUAGCUGCGACAGGGCUGAAAAAGAGCACACUUAGGCAACUUCCAGUGACAGUUUAUGGAUCAGGAGUUAAUAUUCCGGCUACUGAUUGUCCAAUUUGUCUUGGCGAAUUUAUGGAUGGCGAGAAAGUAAGAGUUUUGCCGAGAUGUCACCACGGUUUUCAUGUUAAGUGUAUAGAUAUUUGGUUGGCUUUACAUUCUUCUUGUCCGACUUGCCGACAAUCGUUACUGGAACAGAACACAAGUACAACGACAUCCUCUGAUGCAGGCGAUGUUGAAACUGGAUUGAGACAACAACAUGGAACUGCUGCGGAGGUUGGUUAGUUUGCAGUACUUUUUUGUUUUAAAAGGGAAAAUAUAGAAAGGUAGGGAGUUUCCCUAAUUAGUAGUAAAAGGUUGAGUCUGUUUUCUAUUUUUGUGAAGGUCAAUUGUGUUCGUUUAUCUAUGAAUUAUUAAGUCUAGCAUCAAAGUAUGUAUUUGCAAUACAUUUGAUUAAUUCUUAUCUUUGAUGUUGUCGAAUUCCUAAGGAAA